GCAACACUAAAGUCAACAUGAAAUGCCAUUUCAAUGGAACCCUGCUGAUCAAUGUCCUGCCGCCUCUGCUGUUCACCGAGUUUAUCUUUGGAGUCCUCGGGAAUGGUUUGGCUCUCUGGAUCUUCUGCUUCCACAUCAGGCCGUGGAAGAGCAGCACGGUGUUACUCUUCAACCUGUCAAUAGCGGAUUUUCUGCUCAACGUGGCCUUGCCUUUCCGCGCCAUCUACUACAUGUCCAACAUCGUUUGGACGUUUGGGGACGCUCUGUGCAACAUCUGCCUCUUCAUGUUGGCAUUGAACCGCAGUGUAAGUACCAUCUUCUUGAUGGCUAUCGCCCUGGACAGGUACAUGCGCGUGGUGCAUCCCCAUCAUCGCAUCAACUCCCUGAGUGUCUCCAAAGCCAUGUGUGGAGCCCUUGCCGUAUGGGUGCUCACCAUCUCAAUGACGGUUCAUGUCUUCAAUCUGGAACACAACAACACAACCCACUGCGAGAGCUUCUGGGUUGAUACUGAAAUGCGACAUAAUCUGAACUGGCACAAGUUUGAGUUUCUCUUUUCCUUCUACGUGCCUCUGAUUGUGGUUCUCUACUGUACGUUCCACAUUAGUAGCCAUCUGAGCAGGAGGCAGUUGGCCCAGCAGGCAAAGAUUAAAAAGGCUCUUUGGUUGACCAUUUUGGUGACGGUGCUCUUCGUCGUUCUCUUCCUCCCAAGCAACAUCACACAGCUGCUGAUUUGGAUAAGGACGCCGCAAUUAGUCAGCAAACUCCCAGAAUCUGAAGCGUGCCGUGCUCUGGAAGACCUCACCGUCUGGUUUUUCCUCACCAUUAGCCUGACCUAUCUCAACAGCAUGUUGGAUCCUGUCGUUUACUACUUCUCCAGCCCCAUCUUCAAGAACGUCUGCAGGAAAAUGUUCCAUCUGCGCCAAGAAGACACUGCUGAAAGUACAGAGAAGAAAACCAGAGAAACUGGCUCCCAGUCGCUCAGCCAGCUUUGAUCCCACAAUCAUGGAAAGCUUGAAAAUGGAUGCAGCUCCGUAGUAGAAGAAUUGUUGUGUGUUAAGUGUUAAGCUUUAGACAAAAUGCUAUUUUUGCUUCUCAUAUACAGGUGUUAUCAAGUAUUGUAUGCGCUACUACAAAACAGUGUAAAAUAAAUAAUGCAUGUACUUAA